UGACUAAUCAGGUGUGCGUUUACUUUGAAGGCUCCGUGCAUACUGGACAUCGAAUUCUAGGAGGUCACGUCUUGGCACCACCUCUCUCUAGCUAGAACGACGGAAACAAUUUGUUCUUUGCAAAUGGCCCAGCUUUUCCCCAGCGUCUUCGUUAUGCAUCGCGCCGGAAACUGUGGCAGCUUGGUAGCCUUUGGGUCUCAAUGCAUCGCUUCUAAGGACUCAGCAGAAGUUCUGCAAUUCCUUAUAUGUAGCACGAGCGCUGAUAGCUCUGAUUGAGAGAUUGCAGCUGAAGCUUUGAUCUAGUUGGAUUCUUCAGUGAGCUGGAAGCUGCGCAUAUCAAAUAACAGCGGCAGAAAGAGGUGUUUUCGCUCAGGGCUGGAUUGAAGUUGAAGCGAAGCAGGUUUGGUGGCUACAAAUUAAGAUGGCUAGUGAACUGCUCAUAAGCUAUUUUUCUCACGAGGGCGACUUGAAAGUGUUUCUGAAAGGCUUGGGAAUGCUCGCUACGGGCCUCAUGAGCGUCACUGGACUUCGAAGAUACCUUAGCUUGCAGGAAGAAGAAAGACUAAUUGAGCGAGAAGAUAUUAUCGAGGCUUUCGAAAGCAUCAGAAAUACUUCGACGAGCAGAUUUAUUUCUCUGCCACAAAGUCAAGUCUAUCCAAACCAGGCUGAGAUUCGGACACAAAUACGGGUGGACGCAUCUGUAUUUCUUGAGCGGGAAGACCUUGUUGAGAGACUUGAGGAUGAGUAUGGAGUUUUCAUAAUCGUUCAGUCCCCGUUCUGUGGGAUGAAGGACAAUACCAGACAGGUGACGAUCCUGGGAAGCACGCGAGAAGUCCACAACCAGAUCAUCGGCCGAGUCGCCAAGGAAGAGCUGAAGCGGAGUGUGGAAGCUCAACUGGAAAAGCUUGCCUUUAUCCAGACUCAGAAAGACUUAGAGCAGCAAGCGCAGCUUGGGCAGAGCGUUCUGAUAUUGCCUUCUACCUGGAAGAGAGGUGUCGGCAGCAAAGUAGGAAAAGCUGAGUUGGUCGCGCUGGCAAAGGGUUCAGAAGAGUGGCGCUUUUGCUUCGACGCUUUCUACAAGAGCAGCAGAAGCAAUAUUUUCACUAUCACGGGGAUUGAGCGUGUACAGAACGAGGAGCUCUGGACUCACUACUCGCUGCACAAGCGAAUGCUUGGAAACGAGAAGUGGCUAUUCCACGGAACGAAGCAGAUAAACGCGAAGGCUAUCUGUACUCAAGGAUUCAAUCGAUCAUACGCUGGCAGCCACGGAACUUCCUACGGCGAGGGCACAUACUUCGCGGGCGGUUCCUUCUAUGCCUCAUACUACUCGUGUUGUGCUGGUAGCAGAGAGCUGAGGGGUGCAACAAACACGUACUGCAUGUUUGUGGCCCAAGUUCUUGUUGGGGACUUUACGCAGGGCGCAUCGGGCAUGAAGGAACCCCCUCGGAAGACAGGAGACGCGGCAGGCGGAAUGGUUGGGGCCGAGUCACGGCGGGCUGCGCUGAUCUAA